CAUAAUACAGUAUACAUCACAUUCUUUGAGAAAGGUCGACGCGUCCGUGUGAGUCCUUCUUUGUCGCUCACAAGUUCAUCUUCCAAGUCAGGAGUUGCUGUGGGAAGUUCGUAGGGUAUCUCAAAGCCAAUUCUGAAGAUUCAACCACUGAACAAGGACCAAAAGACGCCAAGUGUCCCAACUCUUCCAAUCUGCUGGUUGGUAUGUCAAUGUGUGCUCAAAAUGUUUGACAUGUUUUGGCUCCGGAUGGUCAUGAAGCUGCCUUAGGGCAGCUGGCAUCAAUCCCCCAUUCCAGUGUAGUGCGCUGAUGACAGCGCUGGCCUAUGUGGCCUUGGGCGUCCUUCUGCCUGGCUUUGCCUGGAGCACCUCGCUCCGGGCCGACGUUUCAGCGGUGGAGGACCAUCCAAUGGGUGGCCCAAGCCGCAAGGUCCCGCAAGUAUUCCAUUGAGGUCCACAAUGGAGCCGGAUGGUCCUAGGAUGUCCUAGGUCCUAAGUCUUUGUUCCAGAUCCCAGUUCGAGGCUCGCGGUCUCAGGACGUUCUGCUGAAGCCAUCCACUUGGUCGAUCUACCCGCCACCACCCUUGCCACCGCGCUUCCUCAUCGUGUCCAGCCCGGCGGAGCGAAUGGUCAGCUAUUCGCAAAUUGGCGACGAUUACCGAGCAGUACGGGGCCUGGUGAAGCCUCUCAUCAAAGGUGUUAGCAGUCCAAAGGGCUUGGCCUUUGACCGUCGCCACAACCGGCUUUUUGUGGCAGAUCCUGGCUUGAGGAGGAUUCGAGCCUGGCAGCUGUACUUGGAGCGAUGCUUCACACCGGCGGAGAAGGCCGGUUUGCUGGGUGCAGCGGUGUCGGACCCCUUCACCACUGAUGCGGCUGAGGGUCCUGGGCGCUGUGACCUUCCAUGGGUCCUGCAUGCGAGUCAAGAGGUAACGGUGGUGAGCGACGUGAGUAGUGAGUGGGUGUCGUUGGACCAGAAGGGCAACCUCUACUACUCCGACUCAGAGAGAAAGUCAGUCAACAAGAUCGAUGCCUGGCUCCUCUUGAAUUUGGUUCACGGGGAGAUCACGCCUGCCGAGCUGAAGCGACGGAAUGCGGCGCGGUCCUCGAAGUCCUUGGAGAAGCAAGGUAAGGAAGCCAUGGAGGUGAAGUCGCAGUUGAAGAGUUUAGCACACAGCACAGAGGUUUUGGGCAACAUGGCCUUUGGAUCUCACGACGACGACACGUCCAUCCUGGAGCUUUUCCAGGCGCAGGACAGCCAGCAUGUGGCCACGCCUGCAGGGGUCGCCUCCGACGGCGUGCAGGUCUAUUGGGCCAACCAAGAUCAUGGUUUGCAGCAUGGCUCAGUUGCCACGGGCUUUGUGAGUGGUUCCCUUCCCAGUAGCAAGUUGGCCACCGAGAGCGCUAGCACCUUUGGGAUCGCAGCGACCAGCAACAUGGUGCUCUUCAGCAACGGCGCUGGCGUGUAUGGUGUUCCAAAGUUUGGUGGCGGCAACGCCACGGCCAUGAACGAGGGUUUCGUCAUCGCCCGCGGUUUGGCCUGGGAUGGUUCGGGCACAGUCUUCGUGGCGGAUGAGGGUGCCAGCACCGUGUAUGCCAUGCCUUGUGGAGUCUUGGUCGCGCAGCCCUUGCAGCCCGUCUUGCAGAUGCACGGAGCCUUUGGCUUGGCGUUGGUGCAGCCGACCGACCCAUUGGUCUCUGCGAGGUCGGCCGCGGCCGACCCGACGUUCCCCCUGUGGGUGGCCAUCUCUGCGGUUUGGGCAGCGGUUUGGAUGUCCUGAACGCCAUCGAAGCCUUAGAGCCGAUGCCAUCGAAGCCUUACAGCCUCAGGAUGCCAUCGAAGCCUCCCUCGCCUGCGGAACAAAAAGAAGACGUGAGACGCAAGGGAGAGCGGAAAAGUGCAUGAUGAUCCAGCGGACAUCGAUGGACAUCGUAUACGUUCGCCUUUUUCGGGCGAAGAAAGAGAAAUAGGGCGAC